UCAUUGCAUAAUAUAAGCGCGACGUCAAAGUAAAAGUCGAAGGAAAGUGCAGCGAGUUGAAGUGAAUUGACUCAGCGAUGGGGGACUCGGUGACUCGGAUAAUGGUGGCAGUGAACGAGUCGAGCAUGAAGGGCUACCCGCACCCUUCCAUCAGCAGCAAAGGGGCUUUCGAAUGGACCAUCCAGAAGAUCAUUCGCAACAACGUUUCAGCUUUCAACCUUCUCUUUCUUCACGUUCAAGUCCCAGAUGAAGAUGGUUUUGAUGACAUGGAUAGUAUCUACGCGUCGCCGGAAGAUUUUAAGAAUUUGAAUCAGAGAGAUAGGAUUAGAGGGAUUCAUCUGCUGGAAUACUUUGUCAAUAGGUGUCAUGAAAUUGGGGUGGUCUGUCAAGCAUGGAUUAUGCAGGGUGAUCCUAAAGAAGUAAUCUGUCAUGAAGUGCAACGAUUAAGGCCAGAUUUUCUGGUUGUGGGUAGCCGAGGUCUUGGACCAUUUCAAAAGGUCUUCGUUGGAACUGUGAGUGAAUUUUGUUGGAAGCAUGCUGAAUGCCCUGUCAUUACUAUCAAACGCAAACCUGAUGAAACUCCCCAGGACCCUGUUGAUGACUGAUAUUUUGUUACACACCAGACAUUGAAGAUACAUUACCUAUGCUUAUCUACUUAAAAGAAAAAGAAUUGAAUUUCGAUGUGGGAACACGAGCAUGAAAUCCAACUUUUGGUGGGUUGUUUUGUCCAUGUUCCUUUUACCCGCGGAGCUUGUAAUUUUACGAUGUGUUGAUUUCUUCUAGUGUAUAAAGCAAUCUACCUAUGUUAAUGUUAUUUGUAAUUGUGAGUUGGAGGUGUAGUAUUGCUAUUCAAGGUGAUGCAUUAUUUUGCCAGGCCAUAAUCUAUUGUUCUUCAUUGGAUGGUGUAAAUUGCUCUUUGCGUGUUGUCUACUUGAUAGA